GUUGGAGGCGGGACUGCGCGCCCCGAGCCCCGUUCCGCGUCCCCGCCGCGGGAGGAGGUGCCCGCACGCUCGCGGCGCGCGCCGGGCCGCCACACUCGGCCUGUGGGCGAUUUCCUCCGGACCCGAGCUCCCCGCCCGAGGAGGAAGAUGCAGACCUUUCUGAAAGGGAAAAGAGUUGGCUACUGGCUGAGCGAGAAGAAAAUCAAGAAGCUGAAUUUCCAGGCCUUCGCCGAGCUGUGCAGGAAGCGAGGGAUAGAAGUGGUGCAGCUGAACCUUAGCCGGCCGAUUGAGGAGCAGGGUCCCCUGGACGUCAUCAUCCAUAAGCUGACCGAUGUCAUCCUCGAAGCCGACCAGAACGACAGCCAGUCCCUGGAGCUGGUGCACAGGUUCCAGGAGUACAUCGAUGCGCACCCUGAGACCAUUGUCCUGGACCCCCUUCCCGCCAUCAGGACCCUCCUUGACCGCUCCAAGUCCUAUGAGCUCAUCCGGAAGAUCGAGGCCUACAUGAAAGAUGACAGGAUCUGCUCGCCACCCUUCAUGGAGCUCACGAGCCUGAGUGGAGAUGACACCAUGAGACUCCUGGAGCAGAACGGCCUGGCGUUCCCCUUCAUUUGCAAAACCAGAGUGGCGCAUGGCACCAACUCUCAUGAGAUGGCCAUCGUGUUCAACCAGGAGGGCCUGAGUGCCAUCCAGCCGCCCUGUGUGGUCCAGAACUUCAUCAACCACAAUGCUGUCCUGUAUAAGGUGUUUGUGGUGGGCGAGUCCUACACCGUGGUCCAGAGGCCCUCGCUGAAGAACUUCUCUGCGGGCACGUCAGACCGGGAGUCCAUCUUCUUCAACAGUCACAACGUGUCCAAGCCGGAGUCCUCGUCCGUCCUGACCGCGCUGGACAAGAUCGAGGGCGUGUUCGAGAGGCCGAGCGACGAAGUCAUCCGGGAGCUGUCCCGGGCCCUUCGGCAGGCACUGGGUGUGUCACUCUUCGGGAUUGACAUCAUCAUCAACAACCAGACUGGGCAGCAUGCAGUCAUCGACAUCAAUGCCUUCCCAGGCUACGAGGGCGUCAGCGAGUUCUUCACAGACCUCCUGAACCACGUGGCCACCGUCCUGCAGGGCCAGAGCGCAGCCACGGCGGCGGCGGGGGACGCGGCCCCGCUGAGACACAGCAGGCUCCUAGCGGAGCAGGCGGGCGGCCUGGCAGGCGAGCGGACGUGCAGCUGCAGCAACCUGAUGGGCCCGGACCCCCCCUGGACGGCAGAGGCCGACGCGGGCGGCGUGGGCCCGGGAGGCACCGCCAAGCUCCCGCACCAGAGACUCGGCCGCACCGCCGUGUCCCCCAGCUUCCAGCAGCACUGCGUGGCCUCGCUGGCCACCAAGGCCUCCUCCCAGUAGCCGUGGAGCCCGGGACCCAGAGGGCGGCGCAGGCCGCAGAGUGUACCUGCUGGGCCGGCGGCUCCCGGCGGUGGCGCUCCGACCGAGAAUUCCCAGCGAUCUGAUUCUUCUUCCUCUUCUUUUUCUUCUUCUUUUUUUUUUUUAA